AUGCCAAAGAAUGCACUGGUGACCCUCAGAUAUGGGCCCUAUAGGAGCUGCGGCAUUGUGGAACACAGGACCUUCCACCUACAGGGCUUGCAAGCUGUGCUUAAAGCAGAUGGACAUCAGAUAAUUCUUGAAGAAAUACCAGAUUGGAAUGAUGUGCAGCUCAUAGUGAAUGGAGAGACUGUGUUUCAGUGCAACAUUAAUGAUCUGGAUUUCGGUGGUGACGGCAAGUUGGACCCACUUUGCCAAGAAGCUAGAGAUGCAGUGUUAAAAGCCUACUGA